CAAGUUAACAAAUUAAUUAUUUGGUCGAUGUUCAUGAAUAUGUUAAAUGGCAGUUUCAGUUGACAGAUUACAAUGUCAAUAGACUUAUACUAUGCACCAAUGAGUGCGCCGUGUAGAGCAGUUAUGCUGACAGCUGAAGCUAUAGGAUUACCCUUGAACUUGAAACACCUGGAUAUACUAUCUGGCGAACAUCUAACACCAGAAUAUGAGGAGAUGAAUCCUCAGAAAAAUGUACCGUUUCUUGUGAAUGGUGAUGUGAAGCUGUCGGAGAGCCGUGCCAUUAUAUCGUACCUGGCCGAUCAAUAUGGUAAAAAUGCUAGGUUGUAUCCGCGAUCACCGGAUAAACGAGCUUUGGUCAAUCAAAUACUGAAUUUUGACAUGGGUAUACUUUAUAAGUCGCUCAAGUAUUACUAC